GACAUUCACGACAGACUAGAUCACUGACUGAUCAGUGUAAUAGUGUCAUGUGUGGCGUGACUAUGGCAAGAAGUAAAUGCUGACUUCAUUCAUCGUUUCGUCUUGGCGCUGUGACGAGUGAACUAAGUUCGGGCUGGGGCCGACGCCUCGUCACUGCGAAUAUAUAAUCAACGUUUUAACAUUCCGGUACCAUAACUAGAGUUAGUGUCUCGAUGGCGAUACGCCUUACCGCCCCCAGGAAAUAUUGACAUUUUAGCUAUCUGUGAUAUAACAACACCUAAGUAUCUUGUUAAAAGUUUUGAGGUUAAUCCUUUACCGGUGAUAUCAGUGGAGGAUUUUAAAAAAUCUAGACGGUAUUUUUUAACUCGGGUGAUUUAGUUACGGACAAUAACACAAACAUGGAAUCGUCUAUGAGUUAUAACCUGGAUAUCACGCCAAAUUAUUCAUACAUUUUCGAAUUUGAGAACGAGUUUAUUCACCAAAAUUCCAGGAAAUGGAUGACUGAGAAUUGGACCGUGGCUUUCUAUUAUGUUGGGAUCUACAUGGCGUUUAUUUUCGGUGGUCAAUAUUACAUGCAAAAUCGUCCUAGGUUCGAGUUGCGUCGCACUUUGAUAGUAUGGAACAGCGCGCUAGCGGCAUUCAGUAUCAUGGGCGCUUGUCGGACCCUGCCCGAGUUCAUCCAUGUGCUGCGAAACCACGGGCUGUACCAUUCCAUUUGUGUGCCAAGUUUUAUAGAACAAGAUAAAGUGUCCGGUUUCUGGACUUGGAUGUUCGUUCUGUCCAAGCUGCCUGAGCUGGGCGACACGGUCUUCAUUGUGCUACGUAAGAAGCCGCUCAUCUUUCUCCACUGGUAUCACCACAUCACUGUACUGCUCUACACCUGGUUCUCCUUCACCGAGUAUACGUCAUCUGCGCGCUGGUUCGUCGUCAUGAAUUACUGCGUGCACAGUGUGAUGUACUCGUACUACGCUCUCGUCAGUAUGGGCAAAUAUCCACCGAAGAUGCUAGCCAUGACCAUCACAGUGCUCCAGCUCACUCAGAUGAUAGUCGGCUGCGCAAUCAACAUCUGGGCUCACAACUACACCGCCACCGUGCCUCCCGACUCGUGCCACAUCAGCCAAAUUAACAUCAAACUAUCGAUGGCAAUGUACUUCUCCUACUUUGUUCUAUUUUCUCAAUUCUUCUACAAAGCCUACCUCUCCCCGAAACGCGGGAAGAAAGCCAAAACCGAACCCCUCCCAGAGAUCGCACCGACGAAGAAGGUCGAAUACAACGGGUACCCGAGACAGAGAAACGGAUUGGUACACUAGUCGGUCUUGUGAUAUGUAAUUAUUGUACAGGUUAUCAGCGGCCACCGAUUAAACAAUUUCUCGAUUUGAACGAUGCAAUCAAUAAACAUAGCUUUUGAUAAAAUCUUGUGCGUAGUAAAUAUGAAUUAGAUUAAAAGUUAAGGUGAUUUAGAUACAUUAAGGAAAACAAUUUGGAGUCAUCGUUUGAGACUGCUGAAUUAGAUCAUAACCUCAACCAUGGAUUUCAGCUUUAUACGAUUGUUUAAUUCUGACUCUGAAUAUAUUGAACAAAAAUCAAAUCCAAUGUCAAUGUUUGUGUUGGCUUUAUACAUUUCUUUGAAUAAAAUUCUAAUUAAAAACAAUGUGCGUGUCGAAUGCGCGUGAGUCGGCUGAGCGUGACAUUGGCCGCUUAGUGCCUUAAUUCACUUAAAUCAAUGAUACGAUCGAUUAAGCAACAUGUUAUGAAAAUAAACGUUUGUUACAUAUUUAUAAAUAAUUAAUUGCAAAUUACAUACGUGUGAACUAAUGUUAUGUGCUGUUUACAAUUAUUGUAUUAGAACGAUUAGUCUUUUUAUUGACAGCGUUAUCUUCGUAAACAUAAUUAAUACUACACAUAAGACACCUAGCAUUUACGUGAUGCAUGUUAAAAAACGCGCAACAUGUUAUGUAUCAACCAUCACACGUGACUUGACAUAGUUCAUGAGAUUUAACCUUUUGUAUAAUAAUCGUAUGUUGCAGCAAUAUUAUGUCGCUGAUUAAUUUGUGUACAAUUUCUAUUUACUUAAACGUUAUUUUCUAUCGUUUUAUUUAUUGUUUUCAUCUUAUGAACUAUGUUACGUUGGACACGAAACGUGUGCAAAAGACGUUACUAAUUUAUUAGUUUAUUUGAAUCGUUUCUUGCGCAAGAUUUAUACAAAAGCUGAAUUCAGUUUGUAUGUAUUGUAAUAUGGAGUAGCGUAUCUGCUGCAUUUUGUACCAACUAAUUUUAGGAUGUGCAACUGUCUCGUAACAAAAGCGUUGGGUCUAUUUAGUGACAAUUUAAUUAAUAAGAAAAAGUUUUGAUAAUCUAUUAUUUUCAGCACAAGUUUAUUAAAUUUAUAAUAAUCAGAAAUUGUUUAAAAUCGGUGCCGUCAGCUUAAGGCGAGUCGUCACGUGUUACAUUCCAUGCUAAGUUGUUUCCGCUGGUAUGAGAUUGGCUUAGAUCUCUUAUGCUUGGUGGCGACUCGCCCUUGGCGCUUCGAGCUUUUGCUUCAGUUCUAUGAGCACAGAUAAUACAGGAACCGUAAAUCUUAUAUAAAUAUUUUAUGAAAUAUUAAUUUAUUAACAUAUCAUCAAUAAUUAAUUCUUUUUCUAUGUAGGCCAAUUGUUAUAUAGUAAAAUGUGUAGUUUAGCUUACAAUGUUGUUAAAAAAGAUUAUUUAAUAUUACACAAAAUCACUCAAUAGAGUUUUAAUAAGAUUAAUACUUCAUUAGUUGAAUUAGAUUGAAGUGCUGUUAAAAAGCUUUUUAAAUAAUCAAUUGAUAAAAAAAAAAUAGUUGAAAUUAUAUAAAUUUUAUAGUCCCAUGUAAACUGUGGCAUAGCGACCGAAGUAGAAGCGCGUAACUCCUUUGUUGUUAUCGUAUUUAUUACUUAAAAAAUAGUGAUUUUUAAUGUAAUUUAUUUGUAAAGGGUAGUCUUACGACCUGUACAGAUACGAAUCGUGGGUUUUCAGCUUGAUAUGGCCAAUGGUCGUGGUUUGUCCAGGAGGACCUCUCACCGUCUGCUGAACCAUUGAAUAUUAGAUUUUAUAAAUUAUUUAUCAAAUCGGUUACAUUGGUGAUUGGUCUCGAUGUUUUAGUUUUAAAACUUUGGUAACGCUUGUCAGACAAGUGCACAAAGUGUAAUCUAUAGAUAUAAUUUCAGCUAGAGGAUUAAGCGAUAUUAAUGUUAUAUUGACGGUUACAGUACAGCUUGUUUUUUGUUUAUAUAUUAAAUCAACUGCUUGACUAGUAAAUAACAUUUUUGUAAGCUGGCAUAUUGUAAAUAGAAUGGUUAACGGGAAGUAAUAAAAGUUAUAGGUAAGCUAAAUAAUUCCUAUACAUGGCUCGUGACAAUGUAUCGCUCGAUGUAAUGUGCCCAAUUAUAAUGUACAAAGUUUAGGUUAUUUACCUAAUAAGCCCCCUUUUCCGUGUGAAAAUAACCUCGAUAGUUAAUACUUUAUCUUAAAGUAGAAUAAUCGCGGAUACAAAAGAAUUUUAAUGCGUUUUUUGACAUAAGGUCAAAUUGGCGGGAAUAAGGUUACCACAGACAAACGAAUACCCUCGUUUUAAUAACCCUAUUUAAAAUUUGUCUGUGACAAUUCUGAAUAGAAGAAUAGGUCUGUCGCAAAGACGACUACUAUUUCGCAAUUCAUUUAAAUUUUCGGUAUUAGUACGGAUAUUUUAUAGAAAAUUUUGUCAUUAAUCAAAUGACUCAUAUAAUGUACAAAACUGUUAAAUGUAACUAUAGUUAUUUGAAGAAUUAAAUAGUUCAAAGAAACAGGUUCAAAUGAGGCCAUAUUUGUGGAACGUAAGAUUACGGAAACAACAGAUGAAUUGUUAAUAUACUAAUUACAAAAAUUAAAAUCAACGUUAUCUUCUUACAACAUUUUAGGAUGUUAGAAGUAUUUGUCCGCUUGUAACAUAACAUUUUGCUACAAAGGUGUGCAGAAUUAGUAUAGAUUCUAGGUCAAGGUCAAUUCGACUAAUAAAUAGAAAAUGUAAGAAUAGUAUUGGUAGUCAGUUGAUUUUUUUAUUUUGAUAAAUGCCCUUUACAGACUUUAUACUGUUUCCAGAUUAAAUUCCUUUUUCACUAGGUACCUAUAUAAACUAUCAUUCGAAUUUAUGUCAUUAUUUUCAUGAGGGAAAUAACAUAUUCGCAUUGGGUAUUUUAGAAAUGGGAUUUCAUAUUAUAAUUAUAAUUUUAAAUCUUUAUAGGGAACUCCGUGAUUUAAUAGGUGUCUUUCUAUUAUUUUCAGAAAAAUGUUAGGCGUGUAAAUAUUGGUCCUGAAUAAAAUUUGUAAUACCUA